GUGAACGUUUCUGUUUCUGACAGUUUUACAUGUUGUUACGCAACAUGAACGUUGGGCACCAACGUCGUUUUACUGUUUACAACAUUUAUCGCUUCGAUUCCGCUAAACUUUAACACAUGCAAAGUAGUUGGAUUUAUUUAUUUUUUUAUUUUUUUAAAGGUGACAAAUGUGUCUCAACAUAUCAACGCCUGAGAGGUCACUGACACCCGACUACGACUCCACGAUGUCACUUGAAGCCAGUAGCUCAAGGCAGUGUACCUGUGACCACAGCGAGGCCUUUGAUGAUGUACUGAAGUACGUCGGUAAGCUUCAGGAAAGCCACAGCCAACUUGAAGAACACUUUAAAAACUUAAAUGCGAGUCACCAACGAGACUACUCUUUGCUCUUUGAGGACCUUAAAGACCUACAGAACAGAAGGGAAUCUCUAGAAGAGCGAUUCAUUGACUUGACAGAACAGUAUCAGAAUGACGUUUGGAACUUGAAAAAAGAGUUAGCUGCCACAGCAGAGAAGAGUGCUGAUCGGUCUUCUGAUGCAACACAAGAUUUUUAUGAGGUGCUGGAGGCUUGUGAGAGACGCCAGUUCAAGCUGGAGCAGCAGCAGCAGAAAGAAGAGGAUGCAGGGCAUCCAGAGACAUGGGCCAAUACCACUGCACAGACAGUACUUGAAAAACUAAUCGAUGUAUCGCUAGCCUUUAUAACUGUGCUUUUGGUGCUGAUGUCCACAGUGAGCAGCUGGGUGGCCCCAUUUUUCAAGACAGCCCUUCUAAUGCUUUGCAUGCUGCUUUUUCUGGUCCUUUUGUCUUUCCUGUGGAGGCACUGGGAUGUUAUUUUAGAGUACCACCAGUUACCCUUCUGCAAUUAACAUCUUGGAAACAAAUAAAAUGAAUGCUGUUAGGUUUUGUAUUGUUGAU